AUGAAUGACAUUUCAGAGAAUUCAAAUUAUGUUGAGAUUAGAAAACGGCACGGUCCUGAUGUGGUUAAUUUUUUAGUUACAAAAAAAGUCACUCUGAAAGAAGAUAUAUUUGGAUCUUAUUCUUUGGCAGAAAAUUUUUCAAAAGAUGAGUGGAACUUUAAGUUACCCUCAGUAAAUACAAAAAAGGACAAAGUCAGAAAAAAAAAUAAAAUUAAACUCUACGCCCCUAAGAAACAUGAUGAGGAUCAAGAAGACAAUUUACAUCUCUAUGCUGAUUUCAGGCGUUCGAUAGAUAUUUUAAGUGAAAAACCUGAAUCAGGCCAAGCAUCUGCUUCAAGUACCAGCACGGGAGAAGUCUCACAUCCUCGGUCUGCAUCAGAGUUUGCAUUACAUUUAAAAACUAAAAAAAUUAUCACGCAAAAUUUAAAUGGGAUGAAAUGUCACGAGCACAAAGCAGCUACGUUGUUUUUAAAAGAUGAUCGAGGUUUUCUAAAUAUAUUAAACAAAAAAUCACCUGAGUAUAAGAGCUGUCAUUUACAUUUAUCAUCGAUUAUGCUCAUGUUCGCAAAGAAAAGUAGGCAGUUCCGGUACAAUAUUUUUUUGGACAGAUUUUCUCAAGAUAGAAAUCUUCUUGAAGGACAGCUAUCUCAAAAGCAAGUUUAUGAGUUUUUCUCUAAAAUAUUAUAUCACAUUGUACCUAAUCAGCUUUUUGGCAACAAAACAAAUAAUGCCAAAAUAAAACAAACACUUAGACGGUACUUGGAAUCAGGAAGCGAAGAUUUUACACUAGAAAAACUGCUACUGAGUAUGGACGUAAUGUCUCUUAAAUCCAAUAAAAUGUACUUGUUGGCUCAAGUUUUAAAUUGGUUUUUCGACAAAUUUAUUUGGCACAUAAUUUACUCGUACUUAUAUUGUGAAAAGCCUCAAGCAGCAAACUACGAAAAAAUUAUCAUCCAUCGCUGGAUUAAAAGAGGAACAAUUCAUCAGCAUAUGCUCAACAAAACACGUGAAAAUGUCUAUGAGCCGAUACCAAACGAUGAAGCCAAAACAAUAGACGGGUCAUUUGUUCCUAAACUGAGAUUCUACGCUAAAAAGUCGGGGUUGCGUCCAGUGCUAGUGAAAAGAACUGAUGAAAGCCAAAAGAAAGAAUCUAAAAUAUUUCAGAAUAUUCUGAAACGAUUGUAUUUGUCUACCAACCCACCUCAAAAGCCACACAUUACUCAAAGAAUCUGGGAUGACAUAUGUAAUUUUCGCAAAGUCAAUGGCGAUAAACCACUUUACUUUGUCUGCUGUGAUAUUAAGGAUGCUUAUGGUUCCAUAAUUCAAAAUAAACUGCUGGAAGUUGCAGGAAAAUUGUUAGACGAUAAUUUACCAGAAGUAUUGACAAGUAAACCGAUUGCACUGCUAAGGCCAACAAGAGAGACGUUGACAGAUUUUGUGGAGUAUGAAUGUCUAGGUUUUGAUUAUUUUCCACCUUUACUACCUUCAGGUUCUCUAUACUGCCCUAUAAAUCCGCCAAAUAAAUAUACUACAACUGUCAGUAGAGAAGAGAUUAAACAAUUUAUCAAGGAUGAAGUUUUAAAUAAAAUGGUUCGACUAAGGAGUAAAUAUUUUAAAUUGAAACAAGGAAUUGGCCAGGGUCUACCGCUGUCUGCUGUACUAAGCGAAAUUUACUAUCACGAUAUGGAGGUUCAAGAGUUACAAAAAUUUAAGAAUUUGGGAAGUUUGUAUCGCUACGUUGAUGAUUUUUUAUAUUUGACUGAUAACAGAGAAGCAGCAGAGAAGUUUUGGAAAAUGACUCAAACUGGAAUCCAGGGUUAUAAUUGUAACUUCCAAAUUGAAAAGAGUUUGUCAAAUUUAGAUUCAGCUGAUAAGGAGGAAUUUAGUUUCCUCGGAUUUUACUAUAAUAUUAAGACUAUGGAGGUGAGACCAGAUUACUCUGGUGUCCCAGUAAGAUACAGCUUGAAAAUGAACAAAGAAACUGGGUAUAAAUUAUUGAACUUAUUCAUCCGCCGAAUUUCUAAAUUCAUGGGAUUGCUGAAGUUAUACAAAUUUGUCCUGGAUCCGCGGAUAAAUUCCAAAAAAACUAUCAUUAAAACUAUUCGAGCCGCUGCCAAGAUGUCGGCAGAAAGAUGUUUCCUCCUCCUGGUCAACAUGUUUGACAUAAAAAAAUUAGACAGGAAAUUUUUCUUCAAGAUUUUUCUUAGUAUAAAAAAAACGUCUGUCAAGCCUCUCCUCAAAACUUGCAAUGAUUCUUUAAAAGUUGAAGGUUGUCAUUUUUCGUUCAAGUUCACAGAGUUACAAUUUAUCAUUUGUGCAAAAGUGUUUCGCCUAAAUAAAUUACUAUUUUCAAACGUAGAUUAUAAUUCUCGUCAUAUUAUCAAAGCGGCUUUAUCAGAUUCGGCAUCAAGACAUUUGAAUCCACCUAAAAAUACGUUACAUGCUCGGAUUAAUGAAGACCUUGUUGAUGAAAUUUUUAAAUUUAAAGAGACUAAUAUCAGUAAUUGGAUCAUCGAAAACAAAGUAGAAACAUUGUGUUGUAUGUAUAAAAAUUUGUCAAUAGAGAGCAAACAGGAUUUCCUCUGGGCACUGGCUUUGAAAUAUGCAGAAGAAAAUUAUCAAAAAUUACUAACUAGAGAAAAUACAUUAAAAAAAGCUCUUACUCCUCGGUAUCACUGGCUGUUUGUUUUAAUGGGAAGAUUGGAAGGUGGAGUUAAAUUUCUCGUUGAUUUACGGACUGACGUUCUGGAAUUAUUAUCAGAGUCUACAGAUGCUGAAAAAUCGGCGAUAAUGCAGCAAUUAAAUUUGACUCUGCAUGAUUUACUAUUACUUUGGUUCAGCGUUGGAUUUUUACACUUGGAGCGGAUAACAUGGCAGAGUUCUUGCGACAUGUUACAGAAGAUUUCAGAUUACGAAGCAAUACAUCCUAUAAAGAAUUGGAUUGACUUGAAACGGCGGGUGGGCCCUUAUCGUCGCUGUUAUAUAUUUACACAUCCUUCAAUGCCUCGAGAGCCUUUGGUAGUCCUUCACACGGCUCUUUGUGAUGUAAUUCCAGAGACUGUUAAGGGUAUUGAAGAAGCUGAAAAACGAAUUGUCGAAAAAACUACAGCUCUGUCAAUAUAUGAAAAUGUUAAUCACAUAAAAGCUGCGGUGUUUUACUCAAUUGCUACUACUCAAAAGGGAUUAAAAGGUAUUGAGCUUGGUAAUUAUUUAAUCAAGGAAGUUGCUAAGGAAGUGACACGUGAAUUUCCAAUGAUCGAUCAGCUUUCAAGUUUAUCACCUAUCCCAAAGUUUAGACUGUGGUUACUUGAUAAUAUUAAACAAGAUCCUACCUCAAUCUUCACCGAAGAUGAAUUAAUAAACAUAAAAAAUAUUUUAAGUACUGAUGAUAUUUUUUUAGCGUUGAAAAAAUUAUUUAAUAAUUCUCUGUGGAUGAAUGACAAAUAUAUUGUUAGUGAAUUGAAAGAACCAUUGAUGAGAGCUUGUGCGUGGUAUUUAUACAGAGAGAAGCGACGUAAUUACGCUCUUAAUGCUGUCGCAAACUUUCAUCUUCGUAACGGGGCUGUGAUGUGGCGAAUAAAUUGGAUGGCUGAUCCGUCACCCCGUGGCUCGGAGCACAGCUGCGGACUGAUGGUUAAUUACAGAUACUUUCUGAGUGAGACUGAAGAUAAUAGUCGGAAUUACAUCGAGGGCAACAAAAUAAAAGCCUCUGAGGGAGUUAUUGCCUUGGUGGAAAAAGCAGAAAAAUUAAGAAAUAAAUAA